AUGUAUUGUGAUAAAUGUAAAACAGAGAUACCGAAACCUGAAUUCAGAUAUCAUAAACGAACUAAUAUCCAUAAAUCGAAUUGUUUGAUAAAGUCAAAGUUUGAACAUAUUGAUAUAAUAGCUACAGCAUUUAAAAACAGAAUAAUGACAUAUCGCUUAAACCCAUCUAUAGAAGACGAGUACCUCCUGCCGGAGGCGUUCUUAGAUGGAAAACGAGACGAUGUUUAUAAAUUAAUUGAGUUAUCAUUAUUAAAACAUACAUGUAUUAAAGUUAACUUUGAGCUGUUUGCUUACUUUGUUUUACCUAAAUCAGGUGAGCAGCAGCUGAAGUCAUUUAAUACAAAAUACGAAGUUAUUUAUAAGAGUACUGAUUUUGAUCAGAUUUAUUUAAAUAUGAGAGAAACUUUUAAGAUGAAAUUAACUGAAUUUGAGCACUGUGAAUCGGGAUGGUCAUUCACAUCACUAAGUCAUUUAGAAAUAAAUAUAAAUAAGUAUUCUCCCAUGAGAGGUGGAUCUUAUAUAGAACUACCCGUUGUUAUUAAAAAUACGAAGAGCUGUAUAAAUGUCUACAAUAACGAUGAAUAUUGUUUUUUAUGGAGCAUCUUAGCAGGAUUAUUUCCAGUCAAAAACAAUGUCUGUAGGACAAGCUCUUAUCCGCAUUUUAAUUCGAUAUUUAAUAUAAAAGGGAUGUCAUUCCCACCAUCCGCCAAAGACAUCAGGUUGUUUGAAAAGAAUAACAGUAAUUUAAGUAUUAAUAUUUACGGAUUGGAUCAACAUUACACUGUAACUGGUCCUCUUUAUGUGACAAAUUUUAAGAAAGAUAAGCAUAUUAAUUUAUUGUAUUUCGAGAAAAAUGACAGAGCUCAUUAUUGUUUGAUCAAAGAUCUUUUACGCUUAGUGAGACGUCAAGUUUCCCGUCAUAAAGGUCGAAUGUAUUUAUGUGAGACAUGUUUGCAAUUUUUUACUAGUGAAAUGAAAUUCCACUCUCAUGCCUGUUCUAAAAUUAUAACAUUAUUACCAGACAAAAACAGCACGUUACAAUUUAAGCAUUUUGAGAGACAGCAAAAAAUCAAUUUUGUUAUAUACGCGGAUUUUGAAAGUCUAUUAUGCAAUUAUGAUGAAGAAAAUACUAAUAAAAAUACUAUAAAAAAUAAAUUACACCUGCCUUCAUGUUUUGCAUAUUAUGUAUGUUGUUCACAUGACACUAGUUUAAAUAAAUUUGUUACUUACACAGGGACAGACUGUGUACAAGUGUUUGUCAAAAAAUUAAUUGAAGAAACAAAAUCAAUACAUAAGGUUUUGAUUACUAAAAAAGCUAUGAAACCUAUGACUCCAGAACAAAUGAAUAAUUAUCGUAGUGCAAGUAGAUGUCAUAUUUGUAAAAAUUUAUUAUUUGAUGACAAAGUGCAAGAUCAUGAUCAUAUUACAUCAGAAUAUAGAGGUGCAGCUCACUCACACUGUAAUUUAAUUUAUAAAGUCUGUCCAUUCAUACCUGUCAUAUUUCAUAAUUUAUCUGGCUAUGAUUCCCAUAUAUUUAUCAAGGAAUUGUCUAAAUAUGAUGGUGAAAUAAAAAUAAUUCCAAAAACAAAAGAAAAAUAUUUAUCCUUUACAAAAAUUAUUGAAACUGAUAAAUGUUAUAAACCUUUGCAAAUUAAAUUCAUAGAUUCAUUCCAGUUUCUUAGCACAAGUCUCGAUAAUCUGAGUAAAAGUUUAACAGACAGUGAUUUCUUAAAUUUAAAAUCACAUUUUCCUGAUGACAAAAAAUUCGAGUUAAUACGAAGGAAGGGUAUAUAUCCAUAUGAAUAUAUUGAUUCAUGGCAGAAAUAUAAUGAGACACAACUUCCACCAAAACAUUGUUUUUACAAUAGUUUGCAAAUGAAACAUAUAACUGAUAGCGAGUAUGAACAUGCGCAAACCGUUUGGAAUUACUUUAAUAUUAGUAGUCUUGGUGAAUAUACUGAUUUAUAUUUAAAAAGUGACGUAUUAUUAUUAUGCGAUAUAUUUGAAAAUUUUAGAAAAAUAUGUCUACAGCAUUAUAAUCUCGAUCCUGCACACUAUGUAAGUUCACCUGGUUUAAGUUGGGACGCCAUGCUCCUUUACACGGGUGUUCAACUCGAGUUGAUUCAUGAUUUAGAAAUUUAUAAGAUGAUAGAAAAAGGAAUACGUGGUGGACUAGCACAGUGCUCUCACCGAUAUGCUAAAGCCAAUAACAUUUACCUCCCUCAUUUUGAUGAUUCUAGACCGUCGUCAUAUUUAGUAUAUCUUGACUGUAACAAUCUUUAUGGAUAUGCAAUGACUAAAAAAUUACCUAUAUCAGAUUUUAAAUUCAUGACAAGUUUCGAAAUGGCCAAUUUUUGUUUGUUUGAUAUUCCUGACGAUGCUGAGUACGGUUACAUUUUAGAAGUUGACAUGAUGUAUCCAGAUAAUUUACAUAAUUUACACAAAGAUUUGCCUUUCGCUCCGGAAAAGUUCAUACCCAUAGGAGGGAAAACAGAAAAGUUAAUCGCGAACUUGUAUGACAAGUACAACUAUGUUAUACAUUAUAUAUAUUUAAAAGAAUGUAUUAGACAUGGACUUAUUUUAAAAAAAAUUCAUCGGAUACUCCAAUUUAAACAAGAAAACUUUUUAAAAAAAUAUAUAGACUUAAAUACUCAAUUACGUCAAUCAGCUAAAACAUCAUUUGAAAGAGAUUUCUUUAAACUUUUGAAUAAUUCAAUAUUUGGAAAAACUAUUGAAAAUAAACGAAAACAGGUUGAUGUUAAACUGGUGACUAAGUGGAAUGAUAAUAAGAAUAGAACAAAUAAAACAUUAUGUGCUGAGAAACUAAUUGCAAAACCAAACUUAAAAAGUAUUAGUGUUUUUAGUGAAGAUUUUCUUGCAAUUCAAUUGGAUCCUGAAAAACUUGUUUUAGAUAGACCCAUAUAUGUUGGCUUUGCCGUACUGGAAUAUGCUAAACAACAUAUGUAUAAUUUCCAUUAUGACUUUAUUAAAAAAAAGUACGGUGACAAUGCAAAACUGUGUUAUACCGAUACUGACAGUUUAUUAUACUUAAUACAUACACAAAACUUUUAUAAAGAUUUGAAUGAUAAUAUAUUGAAAUUUGAUACUAGUAAUUUUGACAUUAAUAAUCCUUAUUGUAUACGAAAGUUAAACGAUAAAAUUCCCGGCUUGUUUAAAGAUGAAUUAGGUGGUGAUGUAAUAACCGAAUUUAUUGGAUUGAGAGCAAAACUGUAUUGUAUUAAAUCACUGAAAACACAGAUUAAUAAAGCUAAAGGUGUAUCAAGGCCAAUUACAAAAAGUUUAAAAAUAUCUAACUAUAAGAAAGUUUUAUUUAAGAAUAUUACUUUUAAAUGUAAGAUGAAUAUGAUUAAAUCAAGCAAACAUGUACUGUAUUCACAGGCAGUUAAUAAAGUAAUUUUAAAUAGAAUAGAUGAUAAAAGAUUAGUUCAACCAAAUCAAAUAGAUACAUUACCUUGGGGUCAUUGUGAUUACAUAUGCUAGAAAUUUUGUAUUAUACAAUGUAUACUGCUAUGAUUCAAAAUAUAUAGUUGUAUCUUAAAUAAAGAUAAGAUUUGCCUAAUAAACUAUACAUUUGGUUUA